AUGGAGUGGAAUACGAACGAUGAGCUGCUUGAUCAAGCAGUGUUACAUACUUUGGUUGAUGAAGCUGGCAACACCGAUGAGAAUGCAGCCAACGAUUACGAAUGCGACGGGGACGCUCUCGAGAGUGACGCCCCAGAGAGGACGAUGACAUUUCAAAUCCUCCAUAACACGGCACCUGUUGGAAAAGCUGUACGACUGUGCAUCAAGCUUCAUCAGCGUGCUCUCCGAAGAAAGAUCCGCCGUCGCUUUUUGAAGGAGCUGAUUGAAGACAUCAACGCGUAUGUUUACGGAGUCCUUCCGCCGUUGCCGAGCAACUACAAAGCGAAAGCUGCCAUGCUCGAGCGAUAUCCCGUCAAAUCUGCUGAGUACGACAUAUGCCCGAAUGGGUGCAUGAUAUUUACGAACGCACGGAACGAUGUGGACGAAGCCUGCAUCUCGGAACACCACGCUUCAAGAGCAAAACAGCGCCAUCCGAGCAAUCUCGAAAAGAAAACCGACGUGUUUGACGGGGAAACUUACAACAUAUCGGAAGCAGCAUGGACCAAUGGUUCAAGAUCGAUGACGAUUGUCCACUUUGUGAUCUUCGAUUUUCCUCCGGAGAAUUCGCCACGAGAGCAAGAAUAA